GCUGCCAUUCCGAUGGAGCAAGUAUGUCUGGAUCUGAUUAAAGCCACCUUCCAUGGCGAUGAAGUGCAUUCGCAUGUUUUUGUUGUUCUUGGAGCGUCAGGAGAUCUUGCCCGCAAGAAAAUCUAUCCUACCCUCUGGUGGCUCUAUCGUGACCGUCUGUUGCCGAAAAAAACCUUUUUUAUUGGAUACGCCCGUUCCGAUAUUACUGUUGAUUUAAUUCGAGAAAAAUCAAUUCCAUACAUGAAGGUAUGGGUCAAAAACAACAAUCCUGAGGAGAUGAAAAGAUUCGAAAAUUUUUGGAAGAAGAACACUUAUCUUAAGGGCGGCUACACGGAUUUGAAGGACUUUAAGGCUCUUGAUGAAAUCAUCACUUCAAAAUAUGGCGAAUUCGUGAACCGGAUCUUCUACUUGGCUCUGCCUCCUUCCACAUACAUGUCGGUCUCCGCUUGCCUGGCAGAGUGUUGCAAGACCAAACACCCCGAUGUUUGGACUCGUUUGAUCAUCGAAAAACCCUUUGGUCGUGAUUCGGAAACUGCGCGGGAGCUUUCGAACCAUUUAACGAAACUAUUUACUGAACAGCAAGUCUACCGCAUUGAUCAUUACCUGGGAAAGGAGAUGGUACAGAAUCUCCUCAUAUUGCGAUUCGCCAAUAUGAUCUUUAAUCCCCUAUGGAAUCGGGAGCACAUCAGCAAUGUGAUAAUUUCAUUCAAGGAGCCAUUUGGAACCUCUGGUCGUGGUGGAUACUUUGACAGUUUCGGGGUCAUCCGAGAUGUACUCCAAAAUCACCUAAUCCAAGUCCUUGCCCUAUUGGCCAUGGAGAAACCCCUUUCUAUGGAUGCUGAGGAUAUUCGCGGUGAAAAGGUGAAAGUUCUGCGUUGCAUCAAACCACUCACCCUCGAAAACCUCGUGGUUGGCCAGUACGUGGGCGACCCAGAGGCCACGGACGAAAGCGCCAGGGAGGGCUAUCUGGAUGAUCCUACAGUCGCAAAAGAUUCGCUGACACCCACUUAUGCAUGUUGCGUUCUUUACAUUUCCAAUGACCGCUGGCAGGGCGUGCCAUUCAUUCUGCGAGGAGGAAAGGCAUUGAACGAACGGAAAGCAGAGGUUCGGAUACAGUUCAAGGACCUCGCCUUUGACAUAUUCAGUAAGAAUGCUCAAGGAGAAGGCCAAGUAGUGCGCAACGAACUUGUUAUUCGCGUGCAGCCCGAUGAGGCUGUGUACCUUAAGCUGAUGACCAAGAAACCCGGCAUGGACUUCAUCCCUGAACAGACAGAACUAGACCUAACUUAUUCCCAUCGCUUUGAGCAUCUCACACUACCAGAUGCCUAUGAGCGUCUCUUGUUGGAUGUCUUCUCGGGCUCUCAAACGAACUUUGUGCGCGUGGAUGAACUUGAUGAAUCCUGGCGCAUCUUCACCCCUGCCCUGCAGGAACUAGAAAGUCGGAGCAUAAAACCUCUUCCGUACAAAUAUGGCAGGUAA